CGACGAGCGAGCAGGUACGGAUGUUUGCGCAAGGUGUGACAACAUCCAGCAGCGGUGCAGGUAGCCGUCAGGCGUGCUGCCGGACGAGUAAAGGGCCGCGGAUUGAAAAAGGCGUGUCUAGCCUGAUAGCCUGAUAGCCUGAUGAGCCAAUGUGAUCGCGAAACGUUGCUCCGCUUGCGAUGCGAGCUCCGGCUAGUUCCUGACGAUGGAGGGAGCGGGCGAGCGGGCGAGCGGGGGAAGAUGCGAGAUGGAAUUAUCGCUGGCGUUACGGUUUAACGUUAAGGGUACGGUACAGCCUCGACGAGCGAAGAAGGGGCGGCUGGAAGCACGACAGGGCUGGGGGUUGCGAGCCGGGGACGGGCAAGACCGACCGAGACGGGGGCUUGCUGCAACCGCGUGUUUGGCGGCGAUUACCAGCGUCCACGGACGCACAGAGCUAAACCUAGGUGGAGCUCGAUGUGUUACCGGAAGUAAUUACCUACGGUAAGUACCUGGGGUAAUUAGGGUAAGGAAACCGCAGACGAGUUGGUGGUCGGCG